GAGUUGAUCCCCGGUUCCGUUUGUGGUCUGGUUAUCGCUGAACGGGCGGCAGCCCGGUGCGUGCAGCCUGAGGACACUGGCGGCUCUUCAGUCGCGGGGUUUCCAGCUCGCCUCACGCCGUGAUUCCCUUCGCCUGAGCUUGCCCGUGGCGCCCCUGCCCGUUUAAUGUCAAAACCGCCUCUGGCCUUUAGCUUGAGUCCCCAGCUUAAACUUGCAGAAACUACUUUAUUUACCCAAACGAAUAGCUCAAAGACUGAUAUACUAGGUCACCAGCCGGCUGUUCAGUGAAUCGCUAGAGGGGGCUCAAGAGUUUCCGCACAUUAGAAAAGGCUUUAAUCUAAUUUAAAUUACUGGAAGUGCAGCGAGGAAACCAAGAGGCGAGCAGAACACCCACACGUUUAUCUUACCCAGUGCAACCACACAGCUGCUUAAGAGGAAAAAAAAAAAAGCUCUGUUUGCAGUGUCACCACAGAAUAUACUGCCUAAAUGCAUUCUCUUGCCAUAAAUACAAGAAGUCUCAAACCCAGGCCUCUUUUCUCCUGUCAUCUACAUGAGUUUGGUGUGUACCAUUCCUCUCGUCAGAUCCGGAAAAGACAGCUAUGGAGGGAAUGAGCACUACAAUAACCUGCUCCUACGACAGAAGGAAGUACAUGUUUAACAGAAAGUACUGGUGCCAUGGAGGAUCUAGGUCAUCUUGUGAUGUUUUAGGCGACACAGAGAAUUUUGUUAAGAGUGAAUAUAAAGGAAGAUUGUUGCUCUUGGAUAACAGAAGAGGAUACUUUUUGGUCACGAUGCACCAGCUGGUAGAAGAAGAUUCAGGCAUGUAUUGGUGUGGAAUAGAAAGGCCAUAUGCAGAUAUAAUGACUGCAGUGAAACUCACUGUAACUGAAGAGCCUCUCUCCACACCCCUUAUUACUCUCACCAACCAUCCCAGUGAAUCCUGCCUAGGGAGAUCAGUGACUGUCAGAUGUCAUUCAGCCACUGGCUCUAAUGUUUACUACACAUGGUACAGAAAGAGCUUUCCGACCAAUAUCGUACUAGUGCACAGCAGCGACCUGGUGCUUCGCUGUGGAGACCUCCUGGAGAGUCAGAGCUAUUACUGCCAAGCUGCAACUCGCAGAGCAAACAAAUCCACCCAGGUGUUGAGAGCAGAGGUGCUGACCCCAGCAAAAGAGAACUGCACAUACCAGUUACAAUUAACAGAUGGUGAAUCAUACAACUGUGUAAGAACCACCCCAGUGUUUACAGUUGAGAUGCCUUCAACACCCUUCACAGGCUAUUCAACACCUUGCCCCAACUCCUCUAGCCACCCUGGCACAGAAGAUAGUUGGAUCCCAGUUCCAUGGGCUAUUCUGCGCUGGCUGUUCCUGCUUAUUCUAGUAGCAACUUUAAUUAUCAUUCAGAGCAACAGGACAUAGAAAAGUGACUUCAUUUCCAGAAUCUUUGAAGUGCCCCCCUCCAUCAUCCCACCAAGAGAAGGUCAGAGAGACUCGCAUGGUCUUUGGUGAAGUCUAAUUUCCAGGCCAUCACCAGCAAUGCGAUAUUGACUCCUCCCUGGCACAGGAAGGUGCAGUCAUCUGGACCUGUUAUCAGCAGAACAUCUGGACACCUCCAGCACACUGGGUCACCCAAGAGACCACACUUCUCUGUACACCAUUCAGCAUACAGGAAGCAAUGUCUUGAUAAACUCUGAAUACACAGACUGUUCUAGCAACAAAGACAAUAUGCAAAAUCCAGUUUCCAGUCACAUUUAUAACUCUCUCUUUUGCAUGUGAGCUGCACUCUAUGUUCUAAAAAUGCAUUUGACAGAUGCGGUGCACACAAAACAGGUUCAGUUAGCUUGUGCGUUCAUCACAUUAAUCUGAAACCUACAUAAGGUUCCUAGACAGAGAUAAUGCCCGGGGGUAUAUUUGGGGCCCAUCCUUCCCAACCAGGCUUCCCCAGAUCCAGGCCAGAGUACCUAGUCCUGCUCCACCAGACAUCACUGCUAGGAGACAGGGUCAAGGGACUCCAACUCCCUUAGCCUUUAAAAAAAAAAAAAUCCACUAUGCCAAACUACUCCACCUUACACAACUUCCUAGUGAAACUUCUCCAGCUGACAAGACCCAAACACCCAGAGUGAGUCUACAGUGGCAGAAAGGAGAAGACUUCAAACUGGGAACCAGAUAUGAGAGGAGAAAAACCCCCUAAACUUCCUAGACACUCAAAAGAUUCUGCACCAGUAGUGAAAAUCUCAGAUUGAGUGUCCCUGGACAGACAGCCAGCAAAGCAAAGCCUUUGGGGGAUUUCAGAGUUAGUUACAGACUCGCAAAAAACAAGCAAAAUGGCAGAAUUAUUGGAUUUUGGUCACAAAUCCAGUUCAGAGUACUUCUGCAGAACUCUUGCCUGGUUUUCUGAGUGGCAACAAACCUCUCUAUCCCCAAAAGAGACAUUUCUGUCAAAUUUAAAUUUUGUAAAAGCAAUCCUUCAUGUAACUGUAGAGCAACAGAAAUGUGUGAAAAUUCUAAGGGAAAACCACCAUUUUAAAACAAACACUGACCUGCAGAGUUUGAAACCCAAACAUGGCCACAUUAAGCCCCUGGCCUAGAAACUAACUGUAUGCCAGUGAAACUGAUGCCAUUGUCCAAGUAGAGAGAAAUGCAGAUCGCAAAUUAAGUGCAUAAGAAUGACAAACUGGAUUUUGAUAUUCUUUCCCUUCCAGUGAUCUAGGGUGCGUUAGUAACAGAGAGAGACACUAGUUUGCAACCUGAUUUUUAAAUUGACAUCUUCCGUUUGAGAGGCUGUAAGGGCAAAUCCCCUAAUCAAAUCAACUAGCAGCACAGCUACUUUCCCUCAAGCCAGCUCAUACCCUGCCAGAUUUCCACUCCAAGGGGCCCACAAGACCCAGAUCCAGGUUGGAAUUAAGUAUUUAAUAAUUACUCUAUUGCCUAGAGACCCCAAAAGAAGAUUGGAGCCUUUUGUGUUGGGUACUGUACAAGCACACAAUAGGAGAUGUGGUCACUGCACUGAACAACUUACAGUAUGAGAUAAGUGACAAGAUGGGAGGGAAAGGAUGCAAUUAAAUUCAUAUAGUUUGCAUAGA